UCCUCCCUCCCCCGCUGCCGGUCCCGGUGCCUCCGGCUCCCUCCUCCGCGCUGUCGGGGUCGGGGAGGGGGGCGAUGGCCCGGAGGAAGAUCUCGUCCGACUCGUUGAGCUCCGUGGGGUCCGAGGCCGAGGCCGCCCCCUGCCCCGGCCCCGGGCCCGACCCCGGGGACUGCCCCCUGGCCCGCCUCUGCUGGAACGGCCGCCGCAGCCCCGGCGCGCCACCCUGCGCUCCACCCUCCGCCGCCGGCCCGGCCCGGAGGGGCCCCCGCCGGACCAGGGUCAACCUCGACUCCCUGGGAGAGACCAUCGGCCGCCUGACGGCCCCCACGCCUCAGACAAUACAGCAGACUCUCAAGAGGACACUCCAAUAUUAUGAGCAUCAAGUUAUUGGUUACAGGGAUGCGGAGAAGAAUUUUCACAAUAUCUCUAACAGAUGCUCCUAUGCAGACCGUUCCAACAAAGAUGAAGUUGAAGAUGUCUCAGGAAUUCUUCAGGGCACAGCGAAUAUACUGGGUUUGAAGUUUGAGGACAUGCAAGAAAAAUUUGGGGAGGAAUUCUUUAAUAUCUGCUUCGAUGAGAACGAAAGAGUUCUCCGAGCCGUAGGUGGAACCCUGCAGGACUUUUUUAACGGGUUCGACGCUCUGCUGGAACACAUUCGAACUUCAUUCGGAAGACAGGUCACUCUGGAAUCCCCGUCUUUCCUAUGCAAAGAGCUCCCGGGAGGCCCCCUCAUGCUCCACUACUUUCACCCGCACCACGUCGUAGGGUUUGCGAUGCUGGGGAUGAUAAAGGCCGCCGGUAAGAAGAUCUACCGCCUGGAUGUGGAAGUGGAGCAGGUCACUCCGGAUCCGCCGGGCUCGGAGGGGUCAAACCCGGGAAACUGCAGCUGCCUGUCCUUCCUCAUCAAAGAGCGUGUCGAUGCAAACAGCCCGCAGACCUUCCCCCCGGGAACGUCGCUGGUGCCGGCCGACCUCCGCAUCAACAUCAGCACCUUCUGCAGGGCCUUCCCUUUCCACCUGAUGUUUGACGCGAGCAUGUGGGUGCUGCAGCUGGGGGAGGGGCUGAGGAAGCAGCUCCGCUGCGAGACGCACAAGGCGCUGAACUUCGAGGACUGCUUCGAGAUCGUCUCCCCGAAGAUCGGCGCCACUUUCGAGCGCGUCCUGUCCAGACUGUCCACCCCCUUUGUCAUCCGAACCAGGGCGGAGGCUUCCGGCUCCGAGGACAGAGACAAGGUGAUGGAAGUCAAAGGCCAAAUGAUCCACGUCCCGGAGUCCAGUUGCAUUUUAUUUUUGGGCUCCCCGUGCGUGGACAAGCUGGACGAACUGAUGGGCCGCGGCCUCCAUCUCUCCGACAUCCCCAUCCACGACGCGACCCGCGAUGUCAUCCUGGUGGGAGAGCAGGCCAAGGCCCAGGACGGACUGAAGAAGCGGAUGGAUAAGUUGAAGGCCACGUUAGAACGAACUCACCGGGCUCUGGAGGAGGAAAAAAAGAAGACGGUGGAUCUUCUGAUUUCCAUUUUCCCGGGCGAUGUAGCUCAGCAGCUGUGGCAGGGGCAGCAAGUUCAAGCCAGGAAGUUCGACGACGUCACCAUGCUCUUCUCGGACAUUGUGGGCUUCACGGCGAUCUGCGCCCAGUGUACGCCCAUGCAGGUCAUCAGUAUGCUGAAUGAACUCUACACUCGAUUUGACCACCAGUGUGGAUUUCUGGAUAUCUAUAAGGUGGAGACGAUAGGGGAUGCGUAUUGCGUGGCAGCAGGACUCCACAGGAAGAGCCUUUGUCAUGCCAAGCCCAUUGCCCUGAUGGCACUGAAGAUGAUGGAGCUGUCAGAGGAGGUGCUGACGCCCGACGGAAGACCCAUUCAGAUGAGAAUAGGGAUUCACUCAGGCUCUGUGUUGGCGGGGGUUGUCGGGGUAAGAAUGCCACGAUACUGUCUGUUUGGAAACAACGUCACCCUUGCGAGUAAAUUUGAGUCGGGAAGUCACCCUCGCCGCAUCAACGUCAGUCCGACCACGUACCAGCUUUUGAAAAGGGAAGAAAGUUUCACGUUCAUUCCCCGGUCCCGCGAAGAGCUUCCAGACAACUUUCCAAAGGAAAUCCCUGGGAUCUGUUACUUCCUGGAGGUCACAACCGGGCCCAAACAGCCAAAGUCUGCUUCUUCAACGCGAGUGAAAAAGGUUUCCUACAACAUUGGAACCAUGUUCCUUCGAGAGACAAGCCUUUGAGACCUCCGGCAGAUCAAAGAUUCGUCCAAAAAGCACAAGCCCAGAACUGGGUCAUGACAGGAGUGUGGGAGAGAUUCCUUCUCUUUCACUGCAUUGUCCAGAACAAGCAGUCAAAGUUCUGCGUAAUGUCAGGCAAUAAUCCUCUAAAAAGGUGAGUGAUGGCUGGUAGGAAUCAGACCUGAGCUGGGGGGAAAACGACUGAAGAAAAAAAGCUGCAUUCAUUCCAGAGGGCAUUAUUGGCCUUGGAUGUAGAGUGAAUUACAAUUUGGCCUCCAUCAAAGCAUACCAAAAAAUUAACCUGUCGUGUUUCACUGAGUACCGACGAACAAAAGUUACACUUCCUUUUAGAUAUGCGUCUGCGAAUUAAAAUUUGAGGUGGUUUUCAUUCCUGCAUUUAAUAUUUACCAUGGAAAAUGUCUAAUUUUCUGAACAGACAUUUCGUACAUAUACCUUACAGGUGUGGGGAAACUUUAGGGCAGGAUGGAGUUAUAACUCAGUAAAAUAUUUUAGCGAUAUUACUAUUUUUAUACAUAUUUUGCUUUCAAGUUAAUAACAUUUCAUGUAUUUAGUCAGCUUUUCAGUCUACUAUUGAAUGUUUGUAACACUUUUUAACUAACUUUGUAGCCUAAUGCAUUUACCAUAUUUCAAAUGAUUAUGGGAGGGCAGAGGACAUUUAACGGUGAAAUUAUAGUGUGCAGAAAACUUUGUGUACAUUACAAUAAGUCUAUCAGUACCAAUGGAAUAAGAAUAAGGCUAGUAGAUUAAAUACAGAUUGAUCUGUAUUUAAAGAAAUGAAAAGGAGUUCCCCCCCUUUUUUUUCCUUUGAUGGAACAAAAUAUCAGUAGUUGACAAAAUAAAAAUGCCUCAGAAA